GCCCAGACCACCAAUGGAGUGUGCUGAGGAGACUUCCGAGAGGCUUCUGCUUCUCCCACAGUGAAGUUCCUACCUGUGAGGAAGGUGCACUUGGAGUGAGCGAGGAAAUUUCAGUACCCAUGAAGUCAAGAUGAUCAUAGAUGGGCAUCUCCAUGUGGCUGACAUAACGUACAAGAGUCAGUUAACCAAGAUUAAAGAUCAAUUUAAAGACAUUGCCGUUCAUUUUUCCAAAGAUGAGUGGGCAGAGUUAAGUGAAUGGGAAAAGACACGUUAUAAGAAUGUGAAGCGGAACUAUGAGGCCAUGCUUGCAAUAGGAUUGAAUGUACCAAAGCCAGCAUUCAUGUCUAGACAUGGCAGGGGUAGUCAAUCUUGUGUGUAUGAAUCUAGUGAUUCAGAUGAAGAUUGGACUCCUAAAUGUCUUGUGAAAAACCCACCACAGGUGAGAACCUUUAAGCCACCUUUCAAGAAUGAUGGAAUCAAGAAGACAAAGAAAGAGAACAGCAAAAAGAUUGAGAAAGUACAAUUAGCGAUUGCAUCCCAUUUACAGGAGGAUAAAGAUUCAGGUUACAGGAGCUUCAAUGAGGAUGCUGCCUCAGCUAUGGAAGAGACCGUUUCAGUUAAAAAGAUCAACAGAGAAACUGCGAUGAGUGAAUGUGAGGCUCAACAAGAAUCCAUUAAAGUUGUCUGUACUGGAAAGAUGUUGGAAUCUUCAACUGAGGAAACGUGCAAUAAAAAGGAAGAGAGAAGAUACAGUUUGAGAAAUAAAGAGAGAAAGGUUUACACUGAAGAAAGAGAACUUUGUGAUGAAGAUUUUCUGUUUUGUGAAGACUGCGAGACAUUUUUUGUUGAAGAGUGCCCUGUGCAUGGUCCUCCAGUGUUCAUAAAGGACACAGUUGUCGAAUUCAAUCGACCAGAACGAGCACGUUUAACCCUUCCAGAGGGCCUCAAUAUUGCAAUAUCAAAAAUUAGAAAGGCUGGUCUUGGUGUGUGGAAUGAAGGAAAGAUUAUUCCUAAAGGAGUUCAUUUUGGACCCUAUGAAGGAGUCACAUCAAAUGAAGAAUCAGCUGCUGUCAGUGGCUAUUCAUGGGUGAUCAGUAAAGGAAAGCAAGAUUUUGAAUACAUUGAUGCAAAGGAUGAAUCUAAAUCAAAUUGGAUGAGAUUUGUUAACUGUGCCAGAAAAGAAGAGGAACAGAACCUUGUAGCCUUUCAGCACCACGGCAAAAUUUAUUACAGGACCUGCAAGCCUGUCCCCCCUCGGUGUGAGCUCCUGGUCUGGUAUGGUGAUGAAUACGCCAAGGAGCUUGGAAUCAAAUGGACGGCAAUGUGGACAAUGAAACAAAAUCCAAAAGACCGGUUGUUUACUGUGACAAAGGUGCACGAGGAGAUCUCUGCAUUCAGCAGCCUGAUGGAAGAAGAUAGCUCGGUAACAACAACUCAGUCUGACAUCCUGAGGAUCAGCAAGUCCUUUUGUGUCAGACUGCAUGACACAAAACCCACAGAUUGUUCCUGGGACAUACCUGGAGGACGAACAACUCAGUGA